AUGGAUAACAGUAAAUCUUAGAAAAAUCUCUUCUUCUAACCACUUUAGGAGACUACUUCUCAUAAACCAAUAAAGACCCACUUCUCUAACUCUCUUCUUGGAUCUUAAUAGAAGAACAAAAACAUUCUGUACUAUGCUAAAAACCAUGAUAUCUCUAAAGAAAGUGGAAAUCGAAAUGAUAGUCAAGGCAAAAUUAAAAGCUUAAAGCUUACUUCAACUCUAUUUAAAUCAGAGCAAUAGUCAAAAGAAAGAAAUCAGCAUUAGUUUAAUACAUUUCAUCAGAAUGCUUACUCUACCAAAGAGGAUGUGAUAUCUUAGGAGUCUAAUUCAAUGAGCAAUUUGGACUAUAUGAUUCAGAGCAGGCCAAUAACAAAGCAAGAAAACAUAAGAGCUAAGAUACAAGAGUAUAAAAUUCAAACACAACAUACUUAGAUCAACCAGUAAAGAGUUCAGACACCUUCUUCAAAUAACAGAGGAAACCUCCUUUCCCCAAAGUCUUAAAAUGUAUUAGACUAUAGAAAUAUAGUGAGGAAUAAAGUUCAACCUAGUGGAAGGACAAUUGCUAAUGAGUCAGAUAAAUUCGGAUUGGAGUCCGCUAAAUUAUUCAAACAACUUGAUAUCCCCAUUGAUAACUAGUAAAGUUUAAAAUAGCUCAAAGAGUAUUUCAUUCAGAGUAUUAACAAUUACAACCAUGUGGUCAAGGACUAUGCUCAUAAGAUAUAGACUCUAGGUGUUCUGCUUAGCAAAAUAGAGUUCUAAGAGAAUUUUAGAUCAAUUCAAGAUUUAUAAGAGCUUUUCCAUUUUUGCCGAGAUAAAAUCCAAUUAACUGAUAAGCAUGUUUAAAUCGAGUAACUUUAUUUUCAAAACAAAAGACUGUUAGAACUUAAAAAUGUUGAACUCAGUUCAUUUAAAGCUAAAUGCAAGAAGCAAGAAGAAAUCCUAAAGAAAAUUGAAGAUGAAAACAGGGAUUUAAGAAAAUAGGUCUUUAAUGGGAUUGAAGAGAGGACUGCUUUAUUCAAACAUUCUCAAACUGAUCAAGCUAAAAUUUCCUCUAUGGUAGUCAAAGUUGAUGGACUUGAGCAAGGCCUUCUCGCUUUAAGUGAUAAGUCAGGAAACAAUGAAGAACUCAGACAAAACAGAUUAAAGACUACUAUUCACAUGCUAAUAAGUGAAAAUAACACUUUGAAAAAGGAACUGAGUUAUAUGAAGAAUCAGAAUGAUGAAUAAAUAGAAGAAAUAAAUAGGUUGAAGAAAAAGAUCAAUCAUUUAGUCAUGAAGAUUGAUGAACAAAACAGGAAAUUCGCAAUGCAGAAUAAAAACAAUCCAGGAUAUCUUGAGCUUAUCAAUGUUUAGGAAAAAGAAAUUCUCUAAGAAGACCACGAGUUAGAUCAUUCAGGACUGGAGGAAUUUGAAAAGUUGUAAGAGAAGCUGAACAAGGUAGAGGAAAAGGCUUAAACUGAAAACCAGUCUCCAACUCUUGUGUUAGACUCAAGAGAGGCUUCUCCAGUUCCUAAGAAAUCUUCAUUCAAUUUACAAGGACCUUAUUGGAAAAACAGAACUAAUGAUAUUCUUAAGCAGGAUCGAGAUAAGAGAAAGCUACUUAAGCAUGAGUCUGUGGAUCAGAAUAGAGCACUUUAGAUUCCAUCUUUAUUGACUAGAGAUGGAAGAGAGAGAAGACAUAGCUAUGACUUUAGAUUCGAUUUCUUGAAUGUGGAGGAAACAGGAAUAUUGAAGGAAAUCAACCAUAUGGGCAUACACAAUUACGUGGAAACUACAAUGAGCUUGAAGUCCCUAGACAUAAAGAAAAAUAUAGAGCUGGUGACUAGAGAAUACAUCAUUAAUAACACAGUUAGGAGAAUAUACGAGUUUCUAGUUGGAGUAAUGAUUGAAUACUUUUUACAAGGAGGAACAGAUUCCUCCAAACUUAUCAAUCGAAUAAAUCAGGGAAUGCUAAAAAUUCUCAAUGUGAAGGAUUUUAGAGUCUGGAUUAGAGAUGUGAUGAAUAACUACCUUUGGACUUACAGCAGUGACUAAAUCUAUGAAAUCUUUGAUUUAACUCAGAGUAAUUAAGGUCAAUCAAUCAUUAAUUUAAAGGAAACUACUUUCAUGAAUUUCAGAGGGGAAGAUAAUUGCUUGAUCACUCCAUUAUUCAAUGUCAACAAUGACUAAAAUGUGGGUCUAGUGCAACUGAUUGGCAAAGAGGACAAUCUCACAUAGCUAACAGAUAUUUAAAAGAUUCACUAUGAGAACUAGAUUGGUACUACGCUAGUAAGUGAAAUAGUAACUGCUCUACUCUCAAGGGAGUUAUAAAAUAAAGUCUAGUACUAUUUUAUUGGAAAACAAACACAAGUAUAAAAGACCUUAUUGAAUUUUCUAAAUUAAAAGACUAAGUUUGAUCUUUAUAAUGCUUUUGAAAAAGACAUCAAGUUAGUAUUUGAGACAACCAAAGUUAGAUUCGCCUUUGUUGAGAAUAAUAUGAUUUGGAAUUAUCAUAAGGAUGAGAUGGGCUUAGUUUAAUUCCAAGAGUUUAAUAUUUAAGAGAUUUAAUCACUAAUGACUAUCACUAUCAGCAAGAAUUAGUGUUUGAUAUUUUUUAUGCCUUACCAAAACAUGAAUUUUGAUUAAAGACUUGACAUGGAAACAACAAUGCCAUUAAACAGUAUUUUAAUAAAAUCUAGUAGUGGAAAAGUUGUAGGAGUUUUACAGUUUGAGAAUAAACUGGUAAAAAAUAGGAAUAUAAGUGACAAUAAGCUGUAAAAUCAAAUGGUAACAUCUCUAAGUGAUGAGGGAAUAAUAAGUGUCAUUAGGCAAAUGUCUGAUAUCUUAUUAUACAGAUUGGAGUAUAUAGAAAAGCAUCAGAGCACAACUUAAUGA